UCUGGCUAUUUGCAAUCGUUGCAAUUAGUUUUUAUUUCUUGGCCGAAGCAAACGCCUCGCGAAUCGUCGCGAGCAUUUUCGAAUAAAUUUCUGUUCAGGAUCGGAGUGCGAAGAAUUUCCGAGGACAUCAUAGGCUUGUUUAUAGCACUGGCACUGACAUUCGGGAAGAUUAUCACACGACAGCGUCGAAAAUGUUCCGUAACUUCGUAAAUAUUACAAGCAAAUAUAAAGUCCUCCGCGGUAUGAUAUCGUAUGGCACCCUCUGGCCCUGCGGCUCCCUUAUCGAACAGACCAUGAUCGAGAAGAAGACAUUCCAAACGUACGACUGGAUGAAGUGUCUCAGGUUCAGUUUAUUCGGCUUCUUUUUCAUGGGGCCGACCAUAUAUGUGUGGAUCAGACUGGCGGGCGUUAUGUGGCCGCGCACCGACAUUAAGUCAUCGCUUUGCAAGGCGAUCACCGAGCAGACCGCUUACGAUCCGAUGGCCAUCAGCUCGUUUCUCUUCUUCAUGACCUUGAUGGAGGGCAACUCGUACGCGGAGGCCAAGCGGGAGGUCACCGAUAAAUUCCUGGACGCCUACAAGGUGGGCGUUAUUUAUUGGCCCUGCGUGCAGACAGUGAACUUCGCUUUCGUGCCGGCGAGAAACCAGGUCGUGUUUACCUCCUUCUUCAGCAUGUGCUGGACCACCUUCCUGGCCUACGUCAAGUUCCUGCAGCUGCAUCCUCCCGUGGAUGUGGAUCACCAUGCCCUGGACAUCCACUUCCUGGAGAUGUGAUUCUGGGUCGGAGCCGCAACUAGUAACGUCGAGUUAAUGCCAUGUCAUUUCUUUAGUUUUAUUAUUUAUUCUUAAUUAUUUUUCCUGGCUAAUUAAGUGUUUUUCCCAGAACUGAAUUGAAUUUAGGCGUUUAGAAAUAAAACCUGGUGGAGGACUCAGGAGUUAGAGAGAUCUCGCAAAA